CGAAAGCACUGGCAAAUUUUGCAUAGAUAUAUGUGUUGUAGUCCAGUUUCCCCUCUCCACCCCCACAAAAUAUCCUCUCAAAACAAUUUAUAUUUGACUAUGCCAUAGAUCAUCUUUGAAAUUGCCAAACACCAACAACAAUCGCAGAGACAACAACAGAAAAAAACACACACACACACGCAUACGAAUACCCCCAACAACAAUAACAAAACAUGAAAUUAUUUUUUACAGGAUAUGAAGGAAAAUUAUGAAAAUGCUUAGGAAAAUACAAACAUCCGUGAUUUGCAUAUGAAUGCAGACCAACAAAAGGGGCGGAGGGCCAAACAGCGGAUGUUAAUAACAAAUAACCAAAAUAAAUAAACAAACAAACGAAAGAUAAACAAAUAAACCAAAAAAGUUGAAUACCAUUCUAAAACAGCAGCAACAACAACAACAACAACAAGUGGAUGAUGCCAACAACACCAACUAACUAAUAAAAGUAUUGCAAAUAAUUCAUAUAUCCGGUUUUGUAUAACGGAAACGGAUAUAACUGUUCAAGUUCGGACGUGUGCAAGUUACACAAUUACAUCGACACGAAGCACACACACACACACACAAACACAGACUGACACACUUGGCACGCCCACACACGUACAUAACAUUAGCAAAGGUGUAAACGGUGUAACUGGUUACAGUGCCAACACAACAGCUACACCAACAACCUGAGUAGCAACUCCUCUUACAAGGAAACAGGACAGGACAGUGUUGUACAGCGAAAACAUCUCCCAGCAGCUGUGGGAACGGAAAUGCAUACAAAGUGCCGCAUUUAACAAUGGAAAUCGAUGUAAAUCUCCAUAAGCCACCAAACACCAUAGAACUCAAGACCAUCUCGGCCGGCAGCUACAGCUAUGGCCAGGGUCACGGUGGCACCAGUCGCAACAACGGCAGCAAUAACAACAACAGUCAUUCCUUCAACAAUAAUAACGGGCAGAACCACCAGCAGGCUGGACUGCUACGCAGUGUCCCGCAAACACCACCAUUAACAUCAGAUCCUGCUGUAACUCCCGGCUGUUGUGGUAUUCUCUCACGUCUUUUGUGCUCCUCCAGCAGCAAUUGCGGCAAGACGGCUACAUCCAGUGCUGACUUCAACACAAUUCCAUUCAAUGGCACAGAAGCCCUCUAUGGCGGCAUUGGCAGCAGUGGGGGUGGUGCCACCACCCAGCAACCUUAUCCACUCUAUGCCAAUCUUUUGAAGAAGGGCCAGCAGCAUCGUCGCACUCCGCAAGAAAUCUAUUUUGAGAGUCGUGGCAAAUCCUGUAAGAAGCUAUUGAAAUUCAACGGUAGCUCCAAUAAGAUUCUACUCUAUCCCGAAGAAGGAUGGGCUCGCACCGCCUCAUCGUCAUACUGGACGAUAACCCCUUGCUGGUGGCAGCCGAAUCGGUGUCGAAUUGAGGAGUUUGCCGGCACCCAGCGACGUGUCACCAAAGCCAAAAUGGUUCAGCUCGAGCAGAAAGGUUCUCUGCUGAUAGUUGGUCAUUUCCGGAGCAAAGACUCGUCGUCGUCGUCAUCAGCAUUCUCGAAUUCGGGAGCUGUGUCAACAUUCUCAACCACAUCAUCAACGUCGUCGUCGGGGAGGUCGCCAUCCGCCGCAGCAGCACCAAAGGAUAACGACGAAUUCAAAUUGUAUUUAAGUUCAAACAUCUCCAUGGAGGACUACAACAUGGGUUACUGCCUGACGGGAUUCGUUGAACGAAGAUGUCAGCAGACGAACACAUUCCAAAUGACACAUUUUGCCGUUAUUAAACGUCAAUGGCCGUCCUUAAUACACACCCAAACGCCAGCCAGCAAAGCCAGUCGCGUGUUCUGUACAAGUGGUGGUGGUGGCAGCGGCGGCGGCUGCGGCAGUGGGGGUGGUGGUAGCAAACGUCGUGAUACAUCAGUAAAGCCAACGUAAUUAUAGUAUUUAAAUAGGAUUUUUCUAUUUUGCAUAUUUAUUGCUUUUACAACAAAAAUAAAAACAACAACAGCAACAACAAAAACCAAAAAACACAAUGACGAUGUAAAUUUAACUAAAACGCAUAACAAAGAGAACAAAAACAAGCUACCCUAGCAUAAUUCUAAGAAUGAUGUCUAUUUUGUGUGCAAAAGCAAAAGCGAAAAGAAAAUGAGAAAAAUAAAUCAAAAAAUAAAAAACAAAACAAAACUACUCCUUAAGGCCAUCUCCCGAAAAUAGUUGAUAAGACUAGAAACUAAAACAAAAUGUCCACGGCAACAGAGUCCAUUUAGACAUUUGAUAGCUAAAUUGAUAUAAAAAAUGCUUAGUUUAUUAAAAUAUUGAAUAGGAAGCAGCAGUAACAACAACAACAGCAACAACAACAAAAGCAAAUGUGGAUAUUAAGAGCAUAAAACAAUUACCAGUGAUGAUGAAUCGUUAGCUAGACUAAGUGCUAAAUUGCUUCAAAACGAAAGCCGAUAGUAUUGAACAUAAACUUGCAACUUAUGGACUAGCACACAAACACACACACACACACCCGCACAUACCAGGGACGUACACAGAAAUGGAUUUUCGUGGGGUCUCAAUUAGUAAAAUCUUAAGUUUUCCAAGUUAGGUUCUCAAAAAUUGCAGAAAAGAAGUCAUUUGGGAGACUCACGUCUCUGACUACGUCCCUGGCCGUUACACACAUCUAUUGAACCAAUCAUACUCAUACAUUGUCAUUACCCUCAUCAUUGUCAUCCUCACUUGCAUGUCUUUAAGCUUCUUGAUACAUAUGUAUGAGUGAAUUUAUAUUUUGGUGUCUCACUUUGCAUUUGAAAAUUUGAUACAGCAAUUUUUUGCCUUUCCAAUAUUUCUUUAAAUUAAUUUCACAGACUUUUCGGAAAUGUCAGAAAACUACAUCAGAGCAUUUUCCUCCUUUAGCUAAGCCACAAAUAUGCAGUUGCCUGCUUGACUUUUUCUUUAUUGAAUUUAUUUCAUUGCUUAUUUUUUUCUUACUUUCGGUUUGGUUGAAUAAUUUAAUCUUUCAUUUUUCACACUUCCGAGCCCGGGCUGCCAUUUGUCGGUUAUAUAGCAAGGUGUUCAUAUUCUCAUAUUUUGAAGAGAUUUCUCAAAAAACUGCAGAGCCAGCAAUCGCAAUUCAGUGUAAUUCUGUGGAUAGUGAAGUUUCUCCUAUGCUAUUUGGAAAGAACUUAUUCUAGUAGGGCUUCUCCUUCGUUUUCAUGGAAUAAUGAAAUAAAUAUGGAGGCAAUAAGACAACGUGCAUCUGUAUAGCCAAUUAUCUGCCUGAGAAGCCGGUGCCAAUUGCGAACUGAAAAUACAAAUUUGGUUAAUUUCGUUGAGAAAUGUGACUAAAAUACCAAAUAUCGGAAGAUACCAUUAUAUGGAGAAUCUACGCGAAUGGGGGUCUGUAUUGGUAAUUGUUCAGUCCUUGAAAGUAGUACCCAUUAUGAAAUUCAAAUACAAAAUUUAAAACAAUUUAGGCAAAAUUGUGACAUAAAUCAUCAAAAUAUCGAAUAUUGUCACGUACAGAUAUAUGGGGGAUAUUCGAAAAUGUGGAUAUUUUGCUGUGAGAGAAGUUAGUGGCUACUAUCAACGCCAAAUACCAAUUUCGAAGAAAAAAAAUCAGGGACAAUGUUGCUAAAAUCUUUAGAUUACCGAAUAUAGGAGGAAUCCGUGGUAUGGGGGCUGUAUGGAGACGUAGACCUGUGUGACCUCCAAAUACCGUAUUUAAAAAGAUUCUGGUGAAAAGUGUGAAUCAAAUUAUCAAAAUUCCGAAUAACUGGAGGUACAAUUAUAUGGGGUUUAUACCAAAACUUUGGCCUGUGUGUGCAGUGUUCUGCAAGAACAUACUCGAAAUUAAAACUAGCAAUUUACAGAGAAUUAGGUUUGAAAUUGUGACUAAAAUGUAAGGUCUAGCAGUACAGUUAUAUGGGGGCCAUAACAAAACGAGGACCAAUUUCAAUACCAACAAUUCCUCGGAACUAAAAUACUUUUGACUGAAAUUAUGUCCACCAACCUCAUUUCGUUCGAUUUCCACAAUCGGACAGGCAGACGGAGGGACAGGGCUGGUCAAGAAUUUGUAUGUUUAUAUAUUCUGUAGGGUCUGAAAUGCAUCUUUUGAGGAAUUACAAACAAAAUGACAAACUUAAUAUACCCUCCACAGUAUGGAGAAGGGGUGUAAAAAGUACAGGAAGAAAACAUUAUUUUAAUUUUAAAAUUUUCUAUGAAAAAUGGAAAAUGGCAACACUGUUUCCAAUUCAUUUGGUAGUUGGAAAAUACAUUUCUUCGAUUUGUGGUUGAAUGGAUAAAAAUACCCAACAUACCAAAAUGGCUUGAGAAUAAUAUUACAUUAAGCUUAUGAACAUAAGCCUUAAGCUUGAGAAAAUCUUGAGAAAACAUUGAAAAAUGUUUGUGUAACAAGUAUAGAAUAAUCGAAACGGAACCCUUAUUUAUAAGCUUAUACUUGAAAUUGUAGAAUAAGCUUACAAAAAUAAUAUUAUAAUAAGCUUAUUUUUGUAAUAGUAUAUAAUAUUAUUAUUUUUUUAAUUUUUAAUCAUUUUUCACAUUUUUUUCUUAAUGGACAUCCCAGUAGUCUCUCCCUCAUGUGGCCUUGAUAC